AUGGCCGGCAGCAAAGCGAUUACGGCGACGCAGUUCGUCGAGCAAUUUCGCCGUGCCUGGUUUGGUUCAGAGGGACGAUUUGCAGCUGGUCGGACUCUUGAUCGAAAUGAGUUUACGCAGUUGCCGCGUAGGCUCGGACUCGCCAUCAGUGGUGGAGCUGAUUCUAUGGCCCUGGCCUUUCUGUGUCGUCAAUUAGAGCGCUCUGGUCUACUUGGACCUGUCUCGGUCACCGGGUUUGUGGUUGAUCACCGUGCUCGGGCGGAAAGUAGUGAAGAGGCACGAACUGUAGCUGGGUGGCUCGACGCAAUGGGGAUCGAAACGAGGAUUCUGGAGCUGAAUUGGGCUCAAUUUGCAAGCCAGGAUAGCUCAGACAGCGUGCUAGAAGCCUCAGCUCUACCUACUGCUUUUGAAACGCACGCUCGCCAUCUACGGUUUCGUGCCUUGGGUUUAGCCUGUCAAGAAAGGGGCAUCAAUGCUCUCCUUAUGGGCCAUCACCAGGAUGACACUGUGGAAACGACCAUAUGGCGUCUUAGCUCUGGUGGAAGAGGCGCCGGUCUUGCCGGUAUUCCUGAAGUGGCGCGAAUUCCAGAGUGUCAUGGCCUCUACGGAGUCUCCGAGAGUGGCUCCUCCAUUCGAUUGAAUGACCAGAAGAGACAGGAUCAGGUGCCCAUGCACGUCCAAGUCGAUGACCAGAAUAAGGGCAGUAUCCUGUUCAAUCCACCGAGUCCACAAAAGGGGAUCAAAUCCUUGUCAAAAAACAAACCCCCGACGAGAUUACCAAGCCAGGCAUCUUUACCUGGCGUGCCAGUUGCGACAGGCGGAAUCCAUCUCUGUCGCCCACUCUUGUCCUUCCCCAAAGCUCGCCUUCUUGAGACGUGUCACGCGAACAAGAUUCCAUACGUCUCAGAUCCGACCAACUUCGACCCGACAUUGACCCCACGGAACGCUAUCCGCAGCAUGCUUGCUUCAGACUCUCUACCACGAGCGUUGCGAGCACCGUCAAUCCUCUCUCUAAUCAGCUCCAGCCAAUCUUUCCUUCACACUUCUACCGAAUUCUCAAACCAAUUGCUCACCUCGAGAUGUCGCAUGCUCGACCUGAAUCUGAAAUCAGGAACAAUGGUCCUGCAGAUUGUAGAUCUCCCGUCUUUCUUAGACCCACUGCAGUCUCAAUUGUCCCCUUCUCGUCUUUUACAAAUUCAAUCGCUCACUCUCCGUCGCAUCACGGAGUUGAUUUCUCCCUUCCAUGGGAAUCAUUUCCCGGUGCGCAGCUAUGAACCCUUUGUGGAUCGAUUAUUCAAUACCCAAGGGACUAGUCACUCCAAUACAAACGACUCUCAAAGUGAAAUGGCUUUGUCUUCUCGAAAAACCUUCACCUUGGGCGGCCUCAUGUUCCAGCCUCUAGCUGUGAAAGAGACCGAACCUAGUGUUCCCGGUGGCAGCAACAUAUGGCUACUAUCGCGACAGCCCUUUUUCAAGAACAAAGGCCCAGUCAUUCGACACGACAUUGCGUUGGACUCAAAGACAACCCCGAGUCCCCGGAAGACAUCUAAAUCACCGGAAGUCUCUACUCCCUGGACACUUUGGGAUGACCGGUACUGGCUAAGAUUCAAAGUCCACUCGGUUACGGCGGAUGGGCAGGAAUCAGCCCCCAAGCCGCGUGACCUAACACUUGUUGUUCGGCAAUUUCAGAAGACAGAUGUCGCCCGCAUUAGGCUCGACCCGGCAUUGAGGGCAGAAAUGAAGCGCACACGAAGAAAAUUCCCCUUCAUUAUUCAAAAUGCACUUCGUUCCCGACUUGCGGGACAUGCUCCUGGCUCGGCGCGAUAUACGCUUCCCAUCCUGGCUGUGGAAAAGCCCGGUGCAGACUUAAAGCGCGGGUCAGAGCAUCUCGUGGCUUUACCCACCCUUGACUUCAGGCUGGAUGCAUUGUCGAGAAAACAUGGCCAGGACGCUGUAGAGUUUACAUACUGUGGAGAGACGUGGAGAGUGAAAUGGGAAUGGAUGUUCAAGAUGAUUGAUACUGAGGCCGUUCGGCUUAUGGGCGGACCUGAGAUUCUGGAUUAG